AGCGCUGCUGCUGUAGUGGCAUGGGGAUCGGAGAACGAGUACACAGCGGUGCUUUGGAAGAUUUUUCAGUGCUCGAUCGUCCGCCGUCGGAUUUCGAGGAGUCAUUGUUACGCAGACACAGAACAUUUGCAGUAGUGAGUGUCGGACAUACGAGAUAGCGCAAGACGCGCUGUCCUCACGGAAACUCGGAGUCGAGCGUCCAAGACAUCUUCCCCGUGCGUGUAUGGCACAGGAUCGGACUUUAUCGCUCAGCUGAUACGUCAUGCUGCUUGCAACUGCGGACUGUUAUUGUACGCAGUAGAUUUCUGGGAAACAGCCUUUAAAUUCCACCUACUGUCACUGGAGCGCAUAGCGUCAGGACGACAGCCGCGGACGCACUGUUUCAGACAACAAGUUUAAAGAUAUUCAUGGUGUUUUGGUAAUCGAAAAGUGCUCUAAACUGGGACAAGAUGGUUCAGCAAGAGAACCGUUUAUCGAACGGGCAAGUAGCCCUAAUCGGAAAUGGGCAAAAGGUGUGACUUUAUCUUAUUGAUUUGACUCCUGGUCUCGUGUAAAAAAGAGAACAAGUUGUACAUUUGAAAACUUGAACAAAAAAAAAGGAUUUACGAUGAAGCUCGAAGGUAGCAGUUCCACUGAAAAUGAUGGCAAUGGAAUCUUGUUGCAAUCUAGGAGAAGUUCCGAGGUUCGGGUGCAAAUCAUCCAAGCAAAACCAAAGACGAUUACACAUUUGCCAAAGAGACCGCCGGUUGAUCUUGCAUUCUCCGACUUGACCUACAAGGUGCGAGAGGGACGAAAAAGCAAUGUCAAAACUAUUCUCAAGUCUGUCAGUGGCAGGCUUCGAUCAGGAGAGUUGACGGCGAUCAUGGGUCCUUCCGGUGCCGGAAAAUCGACCCUGCUCAACAUCCUCACAGGAUACAAAACGACCGGCAUGCAGGGCAGCAUCACCAUGAACGGACGCGAGAGGAAUUUAAGUGCCUUCAGGAAACUCUCUUGCUACAUCAUGCAAGACAACCAACUUCACGGCAAUUUGACCGUCCAGGAAGCGAUGAAAGUUGCCGCGAAUCUUAAACUGGGCAGGAACGUCAGAGAAGCCGAGAAAGAGGAAGUGAUUCAAGAGAUCCUCGAGACGCUUGGCCUCGCCGAGCACCGGAAAACUAUGACCUCGAACCUCAGUGGUGGUCAGAAGAAACGACUUUCCAUCGCCCUCGAACUCGUCAAUAACCCGCCCAUCAUGUUCUUUGAUGAGCCUACAAGUGGCCUCGACUCGUCGUCCUGCUUCCAGUGCAUCUCUCUUCUGAAGACACUAGCUCGCGGUGGUCGCACGAUAAUUUGCACCAUUCAUCAGCCUAGCGCACGUCUCUUUGAGAUGUUCGAUGCCCUGUAUACCCUCGCAGAAGGCCAGUGCGUCUAUCAGGGAUCAACGUCCCAGCUUGUGCCCUUCCUAAGUUCACUUGGUCUCAACUGUCCCAGCUAUCACAAUCCUGCUUCUUUCAUAAUCGAGGUAUCGUGCGGAGAGUAUGGCGACAACAUUAAGAAUUUGGUUAACGCCAUCAGGAAUGGCAAACACGACAUACGCGACGGCUAUGCUUUUCCCGAAAAGGAGGUCCUCAACAAUUCCAGUGUCAAGAAUGGCGAUGCAACAUCAGACGGUACCAGUGCCAAGGACAAGAAUGACGUUAACAACAUCGAGGACAAGUUCUGCGAGAGCAAGCUAAACGAAAAGAGUAACGGUGGCAUGAUAUCCAGCUAUGCCAAAAACGACAUUGUCAAACAAAGUGAAAUCGCGCUCUUGAUGGAUGACAAAAAAGACAACGUUACUACUUCUUUGCUUGAUAGUACUCUCGUGACGACUCCUGAAAGAUAUCCCACAUCGGAACUUGUGCAAUUUUGGAUUGUCUUGAAACGUACCUUGCUCUUCAGUAGAAGAGAUUGGACUCUCAUGUACCUUCGAUUGUUUGCUCACAUCUUGGUAGGAUUUUUAAUCGGAGCGCUGUACUAUGACAUUGGUAACGACGCCACGAAAGUUCUCAGUAAUCUUGGUUUCUUAUUCUUCAACAUGUUGUUCCUUAUGUACACAUCUAUGACAAUCACGAUUUUAUCAUUCCCACUCGAGAUGCCAGUUUUGUUAAAGGAAAGCUUUAAUAGAUGGUAUUCUUUGAAGUCUUACUAUUUAGCCAUAACAGUGUCGGACAUUCCAUUCCAGGCAAUUUUCUGCAUUCUCUACGUAACAAUCGUUUAUUUCUUGACGAGUCAACCGGCCGAGCUUUCCCGAUUCAGUAUGUUCUUGGGAACGUGCCUUCUCAUAUCCUUCGUAGCACAAUCCGUAGGAUUAGUCGUUGGUGCGGCAAUGAAUGUGCAAAACGGUGUAUUUUUGGCUCCAGUUAUGUCAGUACCUUUCCUGCUGUUCUCUGGCUUCUUCGUCAGCUUCGACGCUAUACCCGUUUACCUACGAUGGAUUACUUAUUUAAGUUACAUCCGUUAUGGAUUCGAAGGAACUGCCUUGGCUACCUAUUCGUUUGGUCGCGAAAAGUUAAGCUGCAAACAGGAGUACUGCCAUUUCAAGAAACCACAGCAAACGCUUGAAGAACUUGACAUGAACCAUGCCGAUUUCAAGCUCGACGUCCUCGCUCUUCUGCUUAUCUUCCUUGUGCUCAGAAUCGCCGCGUACCUGUUCCUUCGUUGGAAGCUGAAGUCCUCGCGAUAAAUUUCUUGAAGAAUAAUAUCUACUGAAUUUUCGAGUUAUAACGAACAAAACAAAAAACGAAAUACAUUCAAAUGCUCUCUUGUUUAUUAGCUUUUAUUUUGGAUAAUUACAGGAAAAGAGCAGCAACGUAUUUAACCAGACAGAAACUUGAAAAAAAAAUGACUAAAGCGCGUUCGAUGGUGAUUUAGGGUACAGCUCUACUUUUCACAGUAAAGCUUAAAAGAUUUCGCUUCAAAAAGAAGAAUCUUUUAUCAGUGAACUUAAGCUAACGUGGCUAAUAUUAUUUAUUUAUAAACCUGUCUUAGAAAAUAAUGUUUAGCGUAUAAUCAUUAUUCAGGGUAUUUUUUCGCUCUUUUUUUAUGCAAUGCACAGAAUAUUUUAUAAAACCGACUAACUGUUUAUAAAAACGCUCAUCGAACGAUUAUACAAUGAUAAUGCGAUACACUAUAGUUAUGGUAACAAAAGUUUUGUACGUAUUUGUUCUCUUCUUAUGAUAAAGUGAUAUUACGAUUAUGAUUCAAAUUUUGUAUACACGUUUUCUGUACACUUUCGUUCGCGUCAAACGAAAUAAUAAUGUUGCAAUUCUCUGUCCUCAAAUGGCUGUGAGCACAUGAAAUCAAUAUGAGCGGAAAAUGGGUUGAAGAUGAUUUAUAUCACGAUGAUAAGAUGGACAAAAAAUGGCAUUCGCCACAGCACGAGACUCUCUUGCCAGAAUUAAUUGUAGAAACAUCGGAAAACCAAAUAUUUACUAACGUUAUUUUUAGUAAAAAAUGUUAUAGUAGAUUCGUAUGCUAUAUAGUGUGCCUUAAUUCUUAAUGAUAUGUACAUGAAUUAAGCCUAUGAAGGAAAUAAAACUUUCAUUGUGUAAAACUCGCGUGCUUAUUGCGAAUUCGAGAAUUGAACAAGAGUAGAAUGAGUCUUCAUGACUGUACUGAGGCCUUUAAUAUUUUAUCCAAUCACUGCGUGCGGGUACAUUAUUUUGAGCCAGCAGAACAUCGGAGCAUAUUUUGUAAUAGAUUUGUAAACCUACAUUUGUUAUAUGAAUAAAAUACAAUUUUCAUAAAUUUUAAAA